AGUCAAAGUCAUAUUUCAGGAACGCAACACAUUUGAAGAAGUGUCUAAAACAUGCCGUCACUGAUGUUCCUGCUGUGGUCAGUUUGUCUGGUCCAGGUGGAGAGUUUGACAGUCUCUGACUUUUUUCCUUUUGGAGUGGGUCACGGUGAUACUACAAUGGCUGUUAAUGAUGACGGAAGCUCUCCCAAUAUUCCAAUUUCUACUAAAUUCCCUUUCUUCAAUCACCAACACGACAAAUUAAUUGUUAGUACAAAUGGUGCUAUUUCAUUCCUGGCUCCAGUGUCACAAUUUACACCGGAUCCUUUUCCACUGGAUGGGGACCGUAGACUUAUCACUCCCUUCUGGGGGGAUGUGGAUACAAGGAAAGGGGGGCAUGUCCGAUACAGGGAAACUACAGACCCAGAAAUAUUAGAGAGAGCUUCCAGUGAAAUAAAAGCUUAUUUCCCCGAAUUUUAUCGUUUUCACGCUGCUUGGGUUUUCAUAGCUACGUGGGAUAAUGUCGCCUUUUAUGGAUGUUCCACGACUGGUUGUUUAAAGAGAAAUACCUUUCAGGCUGUCUUAAUAACAAAUGGACAACAUUCCUUCACCAUAUUUAAUUACGCAAACAUUGUCUGGACAACUGGAACAGCAAGCAAUGGAAAUGCAGAUACAGGACUUGGGGGGACACCUGCGCAGGUUGGUUUUAAUGCUGGUGACGGGAAAGUAUAUUAUGUAGUGAACGGAUCACGUACAGCAGACAUUGUCAACAUAAACAAGAAGUCCAAUGUACGCAUUCCAGGAAAGUUCGUCUUCAGGAUAGAUUCAUCGGAAAUCGGAGGAGGAGGAUGUAACACAGAAGGCAAUGUCAUUAUAACGCCAACGAGUGGUCCAAUGCUUGGUGGUCAACACCUGACAUUUAGUGGACCUUGUAUUGAAGAAUACACAAUAUUCAAAAUCAAGUUCUCCAACACUAGAUAUACAUUAAGAUGUGAAAUGGACUCACCCUACAGCUUCUAUUGUAUUACACCUAGGUUUAAGAGCGCUGGUGAUGUCAAAGUAGAUAUCAUAUUGUCCAAUAAAAACAAAACCAAAUCGUUUAUUGGAAACUACAAUAUUUUGAAUCCUGCUUUCAGCAAGGUCCUUGUACAUCGCCAUAAUGGAAACAGCUGGGAAAAUGAUGAACAUAAUAUAUCAUGGAAUGGUAACGUGAAAGAACUUCAAAACGGUAGCACAGUAGAUAUCUACGUAUACACAAUCAAGGAGGAAAAUGGUGGAAUUAAAUUAGACCCUUUUAUUGCAAAGAGUAAUAUAUCUAACUCAGUCAGUUGGACGACUUUUAGUUUAAAUAUGACUGAGCAGGUCGCCGUUCUACGAGUAACAUCUCGUGUAGAGACUGCAUUCAAAAUGCCACAAAGAGGAAUAUGGUCUGACUUGUUCCCAGUUACGCCAUCCAGAACUAAAGCGAGCCUUCUUUGUACAAACUGGAUAGAAAAAGAAAGUUCUUCUCCAAAAUUAAAUGUUACAGAACCUUGUCCGUGUACUCUCCAACAGGCGAUGUUAGACAUUGUGAAAUACCAGCCCGACCCUGACUGCAACAUGCUCCACGUAGGAUCACAGGGGCGGGGCAAUUGUCGUUAUAGGCGUGAUGCACAACAUUGUGUGAGGUUGACAACACCAAGUGAAGAUGGUGCCGAUAACGUUUGCUGUUUCAAUGAACGUGGAAACUUGAUAGACUCAAGAUCCCAUGAAGGUGGUACACAACAGCGGUAUCACUAUCGAGGUGACAAUCAUGGGAAUAUGCCCUACGUGACAAACUUUUGCAAGGAUGUUGUCCCGUUUCUGCACUGCUGUCGUUUUUCACAGACGGCCGUUAAUAAAACCAGCGAUGAAGAAGAAACGUACAGCCUCUGUCAGAAAUUCCUGACAUUACGACGAUAUAGUUCCUGUGAAAAUUACAACCCUCCUAAACCAGCAAGAACCAGUGGCGACCCUCAUAUCACCACACUAGACGGGCUCAGUUAUACGUUUAAUGGAGCUGGAGAGUUCGCGUACAUUUACACAGAGGAUGAACUAUUUAAAAGCCAAAUCCGAUUCGAACAGUUCCGAAAAGACGAUGGGUCUCUUGUAAAGGCAACUGUAGCCACAGCAUUAGUGAUGGAGUAUGUGAAUAGCACUGAUCGCAUAGAAAUUAGACUCAACUCUAUUAGAACAGCUGAUGUCCUCACAAACGGAGAACUGCUUGAUUUUCAAGACUCCAGAUGGAUAAACGUGAAAGGUGUUACCAUCAUAUUACUCCCUGCCAAAGGCAAUAGCACGGAUAAGUCAUUUAUGAUCAUUUUUCAAGAUAUCAAAAUUGCAUUCAGCAUUGAAGCCUCCAAAACUAUUUUAAACGUCAUGCCGGUUGUUCAUGGAAAGGAACUCAAUGGAACACUGAAAGGAUUGCUGGGAAAUUAUGAUGACAGUCCUUCUAAUGACCUACUUUCAUCAACACAUCAACAACUACAGCAAAAUGAAACUGACGAGUCCCUGAUUUUUCAAUUUGGAAUGUCCUGGGCCAUCAAUGAGACGGAGUCCCUGUUCACGUAUGAACCUGGUAAGAGUUUUGCUGACUAUCAUCAGCCAUCAUUCCGGCCUGUGUUUGAAUCGUCUGUAUCGGUUACAGAAGAGAUGAGGGCGGUUUGUGGAGAGGACAAAGAUUGUAUCUUCGAUUUCUCUGUCACGGGAUCACGUGAGGUAGCGGAACAAUCCCGAACAUUCCAGAAACAGUUUCAGGAAUCUCAACAGGCAGCUGUGAUAGUGUUGACAUGCAGUGAUUUGCCAACAGUUCCUGGUGGAGUAUGGGAAUCAACCAAUGGGAAUCUUGAAAAUUCGUCUGCCUUUUUUGUUUGUAGAGAUGGCUAUACGAUCUCUAAUAACAUAAGAAAUGUUACAUGCUUGAAUGGGCGUUGGGAACAAUAUGAGCACGUUUCUUGUCAACUUAAUAGUCUUCAAACCACCUUGCCAAGUACACACCCUGGUACGGAUUUGUCUCAAAGUGCAAAGUUACCUGUCUACAUAGGAGUUGGGGUUGGAUUUUUCCUACUCACCACAUUCAUCGUAGUUUUUAUCCUAUAUCAAAGGAAAAAAGCAAGGCGCGGUCAUUGGAAAGUCUUUUCUAAUGAAAAGUCAGUGACUUUCUCCAAAACUGGCGAUACGGAGGAAAACUUUGCUGCAUUAACUCAGCUACCAAUGGAACAAAACAAAGAGAAAUGUUAACAAUCGUUAUAAUUCAUUAAAUUGACUAGCCUGAUUUACUCAUGU